UGGCUACGUGGGAGUAUGUGGGCGGGGAGGAAAUCCCUCUUCCUAGUAGAGGCUCCGAGGAGGAGGCGAUGCAUAACAAAAAGUAAUGGCCAUCUAUUUGGUUACUGAAGACCCAAGGAUAUAUGUCGUCGUACUACAGAUUAACAUCUUGGGAUAAACGGAGGAAAGCUUUCAAGUCUCAGCCAGUGUUCAAGGGCAUGCCAAAUCCUCAGUAAUGGAGCCCACUGUUGUUAGUACAUCUUCCUUGGCCCCCGAUGAGUUUGACAGGAACGUGCCUCGAAUCUGCGGCGUGUGUGGCGACAAAGCCACUGGCUUUCACUUCAACGCCAUGACCUGCGAGGGCUGCAAAGGCUUUUUCAGGCGCAGUAUGAAGCGCAAGGCCUCCUUCACGUGUCCCUUUAACGGCAGUUGCACCAUCACCAAGGACAACAGGCGCCACUGCCAGGCAUGCCGGCUCAAACGCUGUGUGGACAUUGGCAUGAUGAAAGAGUUCAUCUUGACAGACGAAGAAGUGCAGAGGAAGAAGGACCUCAUUCAACGGCGAAAGGACGAGGAGGCCCAACGCGAAGCGGAGCGGGAGGCGCGGCGACCUCGGCUCACCGACGAACAGAGUCAAGUCAUUGCCACGCUGGUGGAGGCGCACCACAAAACCUUCGACGACUCCUACUCUGACUUUUGCCGAUUUCGGCCUCCUGUGCGCGAGGGGCCAGUGACACGUAGCGCCAGCAGAGCCGCUUCCCUCCACUCUCUGUCGGAUGCCUCCUCCGAUUCCUUCAGUCACUCCCCGGAAUCGGUCGACACCAAAAUGAACUUAAACAACUUGAUGAUGAUGUAUCAGGAGCAGGGCAGUAGCCCUGAUUCCAGUGAAGAGGAAGCUUCCAGCUUCUCCAUGCUGCCCCACCUGGCUGACCUGGUGUCCUACAGCAUUCAGAAGGUCAUUGGCUUUGCCAAGAUGAUCCCGGGCUUCAGAGAGCUGACUGCAGAGGAUCAGAUCGCCUUGCUCAAGUCGAGCGCUAUUGAGGUGAUCAUGCUGCGCUCAAAUCAAAGCUUCAACCUGGAAGACAUGUCCUGGAGCUGCGGUGCGCCCGACUUUAAAUACCAGAUCAGUGAUGUCACCAAAGCUGGCCACACUCUAGAGCUGCUGGAGCCGCUGGUUAAGUUCCAGGUGGGCCUCAAGAAGCUCAGUCUGCACGAGGAGGAACAUGUACUGCUGAUGGCCAUCUGCUUACUUUCUCCAGACCGCCCAGGUGUGCAAGACCACGCGCGGAUCGAAGUCCUUCAAGACCGCCUGUCGGAGACCCUGCAGGCCUACAUUCAACUCAACCACCCCGGAGGAAGCCUGCUCUAUGCCAAGAUGAUUCAGAAGCUGGCCGACCUGCGCAGCCUCAACGAGGAGCACUCCAAACAGUACCGCUCGCUCUCCUUCCAGCCAGAGCACAGCAUGCAGCUCACCCCACUGGUGCUGGAGGUGUUUGGCAGCGAGGUCUCCUAAGGGGAGACCGCACCCAUGCGGUGAUAAAAUGGAGGGAGGAAGCUGAUGAUGAUGAUGAUGAUGAUGAUCUGGAUUGGCCGUCAAGUAUGUGCGUCUCUUUUAAGAGUCUGUACGGAGAGCAAGCAGAUGUUGAAGUGACAGUAAACAAGGGAACUACACAUUCAGUACAACUUAAGCUAAGCAUACUUCUGCCUCUUUACGGUGUUUUUUUUUUUUUUUUGGUCUAUUUAAAUCAACGCUGCUUCAAACGCCUGGACAUGUUGUGCACGUGCACAGUGCACAGCAACAACAACCGACACACUCAGUUAUUCAUUUAGCCAUUCCGUUGAGCUACCUCUUUUUUUUACCGGGGUUGUUUUAUAUUUCUAUCACCUCUGUGGAUGCUUUAGAUACCGUACGGAUGACGUUUUAUUGGAUGAAACCAGUGCCUCUGCAUGACUUUAUUAAGUUGUUAUUUUCAUGUUCAUCUGCUUGUCUCCAAGGCAGUGUAUAUUUAUGUAUACCAACCUUUCAUCUCUCACCAAAGGUAUGGUUCCUCUACCGUCUCGGAAAACCAUCUUGCUGCUCUUUGGCAUGUGGCCGCCCACGCAACAUGCUAACAAUUUUAUUUUAUUUUUUUUAUUUUUAUUUUUCUGACUAGCCUCACAAGCCCAUGAAGGAAAACGAUCAGUAUUUCGGGUUAGAUUGCAGAGUGUUGGUCUGUCAUCUAGCAGAUUGGAUUUUGGUUUGCUUGGUUUUUGGAGGUGAGAAUCAGCCACUAAAUGUGUUAGCUACUAUUUUAUUUUGUAACCGCAGUUUGUCAAUCAAACCGGGCCAACGUCAUGGCUUGUUUCUCCUUAGUUUGUUUCCCUAUAUAGUUUAUUCCUUGUAAAUAGCUAAUUGCUACCAUGUGUAUCCUCAGCACUGUUGUAUCACCAUUUAUUCAGUCCUAUAUGCUAUAUAUCAUAGAUUUUAAAGGGCUAAAUGCCAAAUCUAACUGGAUUAGUGAAUUAAGGCUUCAGUAAGAGACCUGACUUGUUAAUAUAUGGCUGUAUACCAUACUUGGAGUUGGCAUAGGAAUGGAUAUAAUUGCUCCAUAUUCUUUUUGUUGCUUUUUUAUUUUUAUUUUUUUAAUGUCACCUCAUCUUCCUAAAAUCAUUUCAAGAGUUAUUCCUCCAUGGAAUAUCGUGAGCUCGGUGUGGUGUGGAGUUUUGCAUACAGCUCCACACCUCUGCGGGGAGAUCACAUCCUUUCGUUUCUGACUGGAAAGUGAAUUUUUGAGAAUGUCUUGGAGCUUGGGGGAGUGGGGGAUUUGGUUUAGUUGCUCGGCGCCUCCUGCCUGAGGGCCUUCAGAUGGCUCUUGUGUGCUGUGUGCCCCCUACUGGCUGUUUUGUGGAAAUACAAGAUAUGCAAUGUGGUAUAGAACGGUCAGACCGUGCGUCAACUUUACGGCCACCAUGUACUCUGAACAUUAAGUGGGAGUGCAGGAUUUACUCGAAAGCAGGGGUGUCAAACUCAUUUUUUUCGCUGGCUACAUAGUAGUUACGGUUUCCCUUGGAGGGCCGUUAUCAAUUUUGGGAAACCAUCGAAAUGUUGGAUCACCUCCAUAUAUUACAAACAUAGCGCACAACAAAUUUAUGGCGAACUCGUUUUAAAAUCACAAUAAUGUUUGUUAUUGCGGAUUAAACAUUACAAUUUGAAGUUUUGGUUCAGACUUCAACAAGCAUCAUGGAACUUGACAUGGUUGACUUGCUUCCGCGGGCCACAUAAAAUGAUGUGAUGGGCCAGAUCUGGCCCCCGGGCCUUGACUUUAACACCUGUGCUCUGACGUAUUCAAAUCCGAAUUUUGAUGAAAGUUGUAAAUAUGCAUCUCGGAAAAAAGGCCUUCACUGUCAAAACAUGACAGAAGUCGGUUGCAUGUUGUGGUUUGAAAAGAAAUGGACACGUUUUAGAUGAGAAUGUAGAAGGAGGAAUAUUACAAGAAUGAAGUUGUAAUGUUUGAAAGACAGACCUCCUUUUACAAGGAGAAAGUCCGGAUAUUAGGACCACCCCCCCACCCCCCUCAUUAAGUUUAUAAUUUAAAAAAAUAUCUAUGUAUUUGUUUUGGUUUUUUUUUUUACAUUUACUGCAAAUAUAAGUGACUUUGUCCUAGGGUAAAGCAAAUGUAGUGAAAAUGAAAGAUUUAAAUGUAAAUGAAAGAGAAUUAUAAAUAGUAUUUAAAUUGUCUGGAGAGAAAAAAUAUGCAAUAUAGAAUAUUGCUGUUUUUGGAAUUUUGUUGUGAUCAACUGAUUACUCCUCACCCGUCUCGAGUUUUGCAACGAUGGAGUUUGUCGAUUAAAGUCAUACUUGGUCAGGUGACAAUCCGACCAAUUUCCAGCGGACUGUUCACUUGAGAAUGUGACGGUUCUAAUGACACGUGAAACCCUCAAAGACGAAGUACUUAAGAGUCCGAUCUAUUAUUUGGUGCUAUGGUUCAAUUGCUCAAACCCAAUGACAGCUGAUCCAUUGGUUGGUUCAUUGAUCGAAAGCCUUUUUGUCUCCGUUUGGCCACCGUCGCUGGUGCUCCUUUCCGAAAAGUGAAGGCGACCUGUCAAUAACCUAUGAAGAUUGCUUUUGUAUACUUGUGUCCAUCAGGUCACAUGAUGUAUUUGAUAUUUCCAAGUAUGUCGCAUGCACAUGCACCAACAUGUUCAUUGAUCGGUCGAUCAAUUGAGCGCAGAACUCCCUUUCCUGUCUAGUGGGGACUGUUGUCACGGGUGGCCGCCACGAGAUCUUAAGAGCCAUUUGACCGGAGACGAGAUGUUUUAACAUCUGUGAAAGUUGUUUCUGAGAUUCGGCCACGUAAUGCUUCCUGUGCUAGACCUUAUGACGCUUCCACCGACAUCAUCUCAGGACGACUUUUGGAUCCAACGAGCUGCUGCUCGUUCUUUCUCCUCAGCUAAGAGCGUUAUUGCAUUAAACUGCAGUAGCAGCAGCCGAAUCCGACUCACCAGCAGGACCAUUCUCUCGCACUGUGGCUUUAAGUCGAACUUGUACUCUUGGUAACCUGUGCCAGUCCAACCACAUGGGGGAUAUCGCACCAAAUGUUUCCCUGUCAAUACAAUAUACGUUGGUUUGGCGGACUCUCCAGUCCAGUAUGCAAACAUACACGGUAUGUUCAUGUCCACAAACGGGAGGAUUGAGUGUCUGUAGGCCGUAACCACUCGUGUGCAUCUGAUGCCAGGACAGCUAACGGAUUUAUGCUGCCCUCUUUUUUUUUUUCUUCUGAAUUUUUUCCCAACUCAAUACUGACCUUUUGAAGAUUUCCUACAUACUUUAUGUACACGUGUAUAUAGCUCUGGCUCUGGGGUUGUCACAUUUUCAUUUUAAAACAGCAAAACGGUGCCAAUUUGUACAAAGGAGUAUUAGGUCAACACUGAGGGGAAAAUGUACAUACUUUGAGAAGAGCCGAAAGUGGAAAUAUUCCAAAAUGAAUUUUACCAAUAAGCUUUGCGGAAGAAAAAAUAAAUGUAAAAAAAAUUUAUGGUAACAAAGUCCCGCUAGAAGAACUUAUUACGAGGAAAACGAUUAUGAAUUAUAUCACCAAUCGCAAUUUUGCAAAAAAAAAAAAAGUUUUAUUUCUCCUAACAUGAAAACUUACUUAAAUCUUUGGACCUUCUCGUGUUCUUGCUGUUGAUUUUCUUUUCGGUCCAGACGUCAUACUUCUUCGGGGGUAUGCGGAUGUUUGAUCCAAGUAAGGAAUUUCGGAGAAUGUAAAAAGUGCCACGGGGAGACUUCCCUCCACACAAGAACAGGGUCUCAGAGUUCUUCGCUGAUAUUGAAAUUCUAGAGGACGAAAGUAACAUGGAAGCUAGCGUUCAUGACGACGACACAUUGUACAUAUCAUCGAUCCGCUCAUAUCGACACAGGGUUUUCCCGUUUCGAUUGUUUUCACCGUUUAAAAAAAACAAAAAAAGGCUGCUUCAAACCUUUGUAACAUUGUGGUGGUUUGUUGGAA